AUGAUUCUAUCACUGCGAGUGAUUGCAAGAUCAUUGUCUGCCCUGCUCGUAAUUAAUCUGAUCUGUCUGCUCAUCAGAAAGCCCUUCUUACCUUGGUUUUACCACUGGAUGUUGGCGUGCCCUGUCGUAGACAAGAGAUGCAAUUUGUUCUGGCAAAAAUGGCCAUUUUUUGAGAAGCUAGUCUGGAAAAUAUUGGAUCAAAUCGAAACACAUUAUCAAGUUUAA